UGAUCAGCUGUGUCCAAUCACAGAUUAUCGCAUGUAAAUAGGGAAAUGCCAGUUAUUGGCAUUUCUCUCCUCAAGAGCUGUCACGCUGACAGCUCAGGAGACAUGUACACUGAUCAACUGAUCAUCAGGGCACUGAUUAUCAGUGUGCCCUGAUGAUCAGUGUAGCCCCAGCAGUGCCACCUGUCAGUGCUCAUCAAUGCCACCUGCCAGUGCCCAUCAGUGCCACAUCAAUGCCACAUAUCAGUGCCUACCAGUGCACAUCAAUGCCACAUAUCAGUGCCCAUCUGAGCUGCCUUUCAGUGUCACCUAUCAGUGCCACCUAUCAAUGUCAGUCAGUGCCGCCUAUCAGUGCCACCUAUCUGUGCGCAUCCGUGCCAUCUAUCAGUGCUGCCUAACAGUGCCAGUCAGUGCCACCUAACAGUGCCCGUCAAUGCUUCCUAUCAGUGCUGCCUAUCAGUG